AUGUUCUGCCUACGGAGCUGGAUACCAGUUCUUUUCUUCUUACUACGAACGCACGCCUCCCCCGUCUACCUCGUCCUCUUCAUCUCAGCCACCUACUUCCUAAACCGCCCAUGUGUAUACUGCUCGCUCCUCCUCUUCAUCCUCGUCGUCGCACUCUUCGACUUUCACACACCGUGGUUCGAUGCGCCGCUAUCUGAUAGCGCUGAACUGGCGCUGAAUGGGACUGUGGCGGAAACGACGGGCAUGUUGGCCCAGGCGGCGAAUGCCACGGCACAGGCGGUUGUGAAGACGGCGGUAGAAGGGGUCAAGGGGAAGAUCGGAUUUGGAGGGAAUGGGGGGAGUGAGGGGCAGAGUUAUGAGUGGGUCAAGGGGUUGUUGGGGAAGAAGGAGUGGAGGAUACAGUGUUUGGAUGUGCUUAUUAGGAUUUGA